GGGUAUGAUCCUAGACUGGAAAUAAAUCUGAAAAAUUAUUAGAAUUAUAAAAUCACGGUUAGAUGGAUCAUAGAAGUCAAUAACUAGUUUAGAAAAAGAAAAUAAUAAUAAUAAUAAUAAUAAUAAAGAGAGGGGGGGUUGGAUGAGACAAAGGAGGAGAGUAGAGUACUUGAAUAAUAAUUGUUGAUUGAGGGUUUUUGACGAGUUCAAAAAUGGACAAAACAACAAGAAUUAGAAGAAUUGAGAUGGUGGGUAUUGUGUUGUUGCUUAGUUUUGGUUGGCUAAUUUGUUAUGCAGUGGGUGAAAAAUUCCACGAUCCGGCUCUUAUAGGCAACCUUCGUCGCGUGCUUGCUGAUAGUAAAUCAGAUGGUGAUGGUAAAUCAUCAGAUGGUGAUAGUAAAUCAUCAGAUGGUGAUGGUAAAUCAUCAGAUGGUGAUAGUAAAUCAUCAGAUGGUAAGAGUCCAUCAUCAUCAGGUGAUAAUAAAGCAUCAGAUGCUGAGAGUCCAUCAUCAUCAGGUGAUGGUAAAGCAGCAGAUGCUGAGAGUCCAUCAUCAUCAGGUGAUGGUAAGGCGUCAGAUGCUGAGGCUCCAUCGGGUGAUGAUAAAGCACCAGCUGGUGGUGGUGCAUCAGGUGGUGAUGUUUUUGAUGUCACCAAAUAUGGUGCGGUAUCUGGUGAAAAAAAUAAUGUGCAGGCAUUUAUGAAGACAUGGGUAGCAGCAUGUAAACAAGGGACAGGAAAAGCAAGGAUUGUGAUACCAGCAGGGACAUUUUUGGUAGGGCCUGUGGUGUUUCAAGGGCCAUGCAAAGCUUCGCCAAUUGUUGUUGAGGUCCAAGGAACUGUCAAAGCCACCACCGACGUUAGUGAGUACUCUUCUCCUGAAUGGUUCUCUUUUGAACAAAUUACAGGCUUGCUUAUCACUGGUAAAGGCACUUUCGAUGGUCAAGGCCCCAAAGUUUGGAAGUUCAACGAUUGUGAUACUAACCCCGAUUGCCAACAUCUAGCUGCUUCAUUCAAAUUUACCGAUGUGAAAAACGCCGUCGUUGAUGGAAUCACAUCUUUGGACAGCAAAUGGUUCCAUUUUUUUGUAUAUAGAAGCAGUAACUUCACUUUCCAAAAUGUGUUAGUAACUGCCCCAGGUGACAGCCCAAACACAGAUGGUAUUCAUUUAAGUUCAGCCACUGGUGUCAAAAUUCUCAAGACAACCAUCAAAACCGGGGAUGACUGCAUUGCCAUAGUGCAAGACACCCAUGACGUCCUCGUCGACGGUGUCAGUUGUGGUCCUGGACAUGGCAUUAGUAUUGGAAGCCUUGGGAAAUGGCCAGCUGACAAGGGCUCUACUGGAAUCGUUGUACAAAACAGCAUUAUAAAUGGCGCAACAAAUGGAGCAAGAAUCAAGACAUGGGCUGGUCCAACCUCAGGUGAAGCCAGUAACAUUGUCUUCGAAAAUAUCCAAAUGACCAAUGUGAAAAACCCCAUUAUCAUUGACCAAAACUACGGAAAAUACAAAGACACGCCAUCGAAGUGGAAGUUGAGUGACAUUCAUUUUAGGAAGAUUAAAGGGACAUCAGCAUCGAAGGUGGCUGUGUCUCUUGGUUGCAGCUCAGCCAAUCCAUGCGAUACAGUUGAAAUGGCCGACAUUGAUUUGACCUUUAAAGGUGGUGAAGCUCAGUCUGUAUGUGCUAACGCAAAAGUUAAGCAAGGUGGAACCGUCAAACCGGUACCCUGUAGCACUACCGGUAAACCGGAAUCUGGCGAAUAGCACACAUACAAUAAUUAUUGUUAUUAAUUGGAGAGCAAGAGAGAUAUAAAUCGGCACUAAUUCAAAAUACAUACAUGAUAUAUAUAGAGAGCUCAUACAUGUCUUUUUCAAAUUAUUUAUUCAUUAUAUACAUAUAAACAUAUUAUAUAUAGCCGGCGGGUAUGUAUUCGAUCUCAUGAGGAAAGGCUAGCUAAAAAUUAUAACAUCAAUCUCUGUUGAUGAGAUGUUGUGUUUUGGUGAAAUUCAUAUAUAUGCAUGUUUUAUGUAUACCCUUUGUAUAACAGUAUUGUAAGAACUAGCUAUUUUGUGUUACUAAUAUUGUUGAAUACUAUCAAUUCAUCGAUGAACUCUGUUGGUGCU